CUGGCGGGCAGCGUUACAUCAACUGUUGAUGGUCACAUCUCUUGCUUGAAUGCUGGGAGGGUGGUGACAUCGACGCCGGCUAAUGCUGCCGACGUCGAGAAAAUGGUUCAUGCGUGCAAAACUAACAUAGACGACAAACGCUCACCGAUAUAUCGCGACAGCUUGGCAUUGGGGAGUCUUUUUGCUGAACGAAUGCGUGGAGUUUUGAGCCAGUUCGAAAGAAUUUGGAAGAGUUUGAUUGAUCCUGGUGGUAGAAGCUUACGACGAAGAAGCCGCAAAGAACGAUUCCAGUCAAAAUAUAAUACCAGAAGUCACGAUCGUAACUCCACCGCCAACUUCGAUCCACAGCAGCCGUCGACCUCUCACUCAGGACGCCCUAUUGAGAACUCUCCAGGCUUUUAUCGAGAUCUUGCCAAUGGACGAUUAUCAGAUGAGCAAACCACCCGGCGUAGUAUGAGCCGGCGUAGCCCUAUGUUAACGAGCCCUAUGUCUUCACCUCUAGCCCCACGACAGGCGUCCCGACCUCGAAGAAGUGUGGCCAACAUACCUUCUCUUAUGCAUGCUCAAGAUACUUCUGGGAUCAGUGACGAUAGCGCUCCGUCGACGUCGAGUCGAGAGGCAUUCACGAGUAGAAGGGUAGUAACUCGCAGGAGACAACUGUUAUCAAGCGAUUCCGCUAGUCCGCCUGCUCGGGCUGCGCCGCCGUUGUUAUCCGCGAGAUCGUCUCUCGUGCGAAGUGAUGACGAACAUGCGGAAGAAUUGCAAGAUCGAGAGGAAAAUGAAGAGGAAGAAGACGAUAGUCCAGAGGACGAAGAUUUUUCCGAGUAUGAGGAAGAGGAGCCGCAACCAAGACCUCGAACGAGGCCAAAAAGAAAAGCUCGCCAACUAAGUGAAGAAUCGGAAACGACGUCGAUGUCUCCAUCUGAACGUCGAACGAAUGGACACUACUCCACCAGAUCCAGCAAUUCAAACAAACGCCGCCGAGUUGGAAGCGAUGACGAUCAUGAGGCUUCCCGUUCACGCAGAGGGCGUAACACUCGUCGAAAUGUAGCUGCUAUAAAUUAUGUUGAAAGCGAUGAGGACUCACCCCCAGAUGAACCCAGUGUCAGCUCUCGUGGCCGAGUUCGGCGUCCACGACGGCCGAUUCAUUUUUAG